AUGCAGGGUCUGAAGAGCCGCUACCGAGCCUUGCCUCUCUUUGCAAGUCCCCUUGAGGAGGAGGAGCACUCUCAUCACCAUGGACACCCCCCACCUCCAGGGCCGCUCAAGCACUCCGAGUCGGAGUUGUUUGUACCCGACAAGCAGUUGAGAGCAGAAGCCAGCGAACUCCAGGCACCGCAUGAAUCGAUUGCAUUUCGGGAGCGAGAGGAAGCCAGCUCCAUCGAGCUAUUCUACGACCUGUUCUUCGUUGCCAAUUUGUCCACCUUCACUGGUGCUCAUACCAUUGACAAUGAGACAUCUAUCAAAUCGUACAUCGGGUUCUUCGCCCUCCUGUGGUUCAAUUGGCUCCAAGUCACUCUUUACGACGUACGCUUCGGCGUCGACUCAAUAUUCGAACGUGCGUGUAAAGCCCUCCAUCUCGGCGUCAUGAUUGCCUUCGCCGUUGUCGGCACGAACUUCACACCUACCGACACCGCCACAAACGUCUCUACAUUCCGCCAAUUCAGUGUGAUUCUCUUGAUCAGCAGGCUCGUCCUCAUCGUUCAAUACAGCUACAUCCUCCUCUGGGUCCGAGGACACAAGAAUGUCAUGCUUCCCAUCCUUGCCCACAUCGCUGCCUUCGUAAUUGGCGCGAUUAUCUGCCUCGGUCUCACCUUUUCCUUCAACAGUACCACAACCAGCGUUUCAUACCUGGGCUGGUACGUCAUUGCAGCCAUGGAGGCGCUGGUGGUCUUCACCAGCACGAGUAGAUGGCGGAGCAUCAGCUUCAAGCACACCAACCUCAAUGAGCGCUGCGGUCUUCUCACCCUGAUCAUUCUGGGCGAAGGCGUGAUUGUGCUUACAAAAGCCAUGACCAAUGUAACGAAAGGCGAAGGCUACACCGCAGCCAUGGUUGGGCAAAUCAUUUCCGCCGUCCUCAUCAUCUACUUCAUCUACAUGCUCUACUUCGACCAAGUCGACGCCAAACGCUUCGGCACAAUCCGUCAACAGUUUUGGGCCCUGGCCCAUUUCCCCUUCCACAUCUCCCUCGUCCUCCUCCUCGAAGGCUGCUCUCGCUUCAUAUCCUUCCGCAACGCCAUCGAAGUCGUGCUAACCGUCCAAACCUACUUCGUCGACGCCUACGGGUCGUUCGUAGACCAAGACAAUGUUUCUCUCCCCGACCUAGGCGCCAAUCUCACCAAGAUCGCCAACACCUACCUCAAGGACAACCUCCAAGCCGAUCUCACAAAAUACAACAUCACGCCCUACGUCGACGCGCUCGUGGCAUCCGGCAACGCAACCAGCGACGAAGCUUUCAAUGACGCCGACCAGAUCCUCAACACCAUCACAACCGCCAUCUUCAAGUACUUCAAGAUCGAAGCGCCCAAAUCCAUGGCCAAAAAAGCUUCCGGAGACAAAGACCCCUUCUCCGACCUCACCACCAUCCUCUCCGUCUACGAUCUCGUAUUCCAGUACUUCUUCGCCGCCGCCGGCUGCACCCUCGUCAUGAUGGCCAUCAUGGUCGCGCUCUCCAAGAAGGGGAAAGUGGCGGGCGACUACGCCGUCAUCUCCAUCCGGGCAGUUAUUGGGGCGGGAUUGGCGUUGGUGGCCCUCGUGAGCACGAACUACACUGCUAGGGAUAAUUUCCUGUAUACACCGUGGAUGCUGCCGACGGUGCUGUUUGCCAUUCUCAUCGUGGUUAUCGUGGAUGCAGUGUUUGGGUACCUGUUGCCGGCGCCGAAGGCUGUGGAGGCCCAUGGACAUGGACAUGGAGGUGCGCAUGAGCAUAGUGUGUAG